AGAAAAGCAAAAGCUGGUAUUCAACAGAUUCCAGAGUCUGUGUUCAGUGUGUGCCUGUUUUGAUUAGCCAAUUCCCACAAAUUCCAACUCCAACAACAAGACAAACCAGAGUCCCCACCCCCAACCAAACUCACACAAAAUAUUAAAUUUUUAUAUCAAUUAAAACUUACCCACAAAACGAAUUUUGUUCUUCAUAACUUAUAAUCAAAUUUUCAUUUCUCUCCCUCCACUACCCUGAAUUUUCUCCCCGUCUUCUUCUUCUUCUUCUUCUCCUAUUCUCUCUUCUGUUUUCAACUUGUUUAUCAUUUGUUUCUAAAUUCAAGUUUUCAACCCCUUUCUUCUCAAAUCUAUCUUCUUUCUAGAUAACGGCCAUGCCAGUAGUUUUAGAGAGUUCAUCCUCAUCAUCUCCCUCAACUAUGUCAGAGCAUAUCAAAAUGAGAAGACCCAAAAACCAAAUCACUGCUGAACCAGAUCCAAACCCACAAAUCCCAUCAAUUAUCCAAUCCACUCGUACCAAAUCCACCAUAUCCUCUCUCUUCCUCUCCACUUUCUCCUCCUACGAAACCACACCCACAACCUCUAACGCCAAGAAGAAGACCAACAAUUUCACUCAGACCACGUUCAGGGGACUUGGGUGCGCCGCGGCUGCGUCGCAGCAGGUGUCUGUGCCUGCUGUGAUUCGCACAUCUGCGGAUUGGGAUUCGAAGAAGGUGAAGAAGAAGAAGAAGAAGCACCAGCAGCUGAAGAAGAAUGGGAACAAUCAGAGUACCAUUAGCAAUGGUACGAUGAAGACUAGUGGGGAAAAUAAGGGAAUUGAUGGUGGUUGUGUGGUGAUACAAGAUGUUUGGUGUGCUCCGGGGAUUGGGUUCUCGACUGAUGCGGUGGUUGACGGGUCGGUGGAUUGCGUUGUGUCGGCACCAAGAAGGAAUGUGUCUGGUAGAGGGAAGAUUGACGGAGAGAAAAUCAAUAAUAACCACAGAGAGCAACCUUUCUUUCCGCGGAGAACAGUCACACCCGAAGCUUUCUCAUUCCUGGAUUCUGAUUCCGUCUUUGUGUCUACACAUUCUGAACCAGAUGUAUUUGGUGCUAGGUAUAACCGCCAUGUUCGACAUCCUUCUCCUGAUGGUCUCGCCGAGAUAAUGAUGCUCCAAAAUAGUCUACUUAUGGGAGGAAGAUUCGAAUCACAUGACAGGUUCCGUGACUGGAGACUUGAUGUGGAUAACAUGACAUACGAGCAACUGCUCGAGCUUGGUGAUCAAAUUGGUCAUGUGAGUACCGGAUUGAAAGAAGACGAUAUAAGCCACUGCCUCCGGAAAACGAAGAACUCAAUUCUUAACAGCCUGCAGACAAAUUCGUGCGCACAUAUUGAUAAGAAGUGCAUAAUCUGUCAAGAGGAAUAUGAAGCAGAUGAUGAGAUGGGAAAGCUGAAUUGUGGACACAGCUUUCACAUUCAGUGUAUAAAACAAUGGCUUUCACAGAAGAACAGUUGCCCUGUCUGCAAGGCUGCUGCCAUGGCUCGGCCCUAGUGCUGCCGGAUUCUGGUUCAGCAAAAGAUGGUUUUUGACCCAACUGGGUGUUUAUCCCUCUACUGGGGUGUAUAGAUAUGAUUUUGAAUACCAUAAGCAAGAAUUCGUUCAUUGGUUUGAAGCCUUCAAAUUCAGUAUUUGGUUUUCACAUGAUGGGCUAUUUUUGUAGUAUGACAGAAUCACGUUGAGUGAAUUGAUGAUUCUGGAAUUGGAUGGAAAAUCAUGCCGUGUCUUGAGUUUUCUCCAAAAUGAUAUUCUUAUAUUAUUGGUCUUUUUUCUGCAA